AUGAGUCAUCAUCACCAUCAUCACCAUGCCUCUUUAUUGGUUGCCUAUAUUCUUUGGUUCUUUUUAGGUCUUCUUGGUAUUCACAGAUUCUACCUUGGUCGUACUAUUUCAGGUAUUGUUUACCUCUUUACUGGUGGUAUUUUCGGUAUUGGCUGGUUAGUUGAUAUCUUUUUACUUCCAAGUCUUGUUCGUCAUUAUAAUAAUAAACACCACGAUCAUACAACUGUUAUUGUUGCUCCAGCCCCAGUUGUAUAUCAAGCAGGUUCACAACACUAUGCUCCAUACCAACCACAACCAUACUAUGCUCAACAACCAAUUUCACCACAACAACAACAAUACUAUCAACAACCAUACCAACCACAACCAUAUCAACCACAACCACCAUCAUACCAACCAUAA